AUGUGUGGUGCAAAAAGUGAAUCAUUAAUAUUUCUUGGACUGCUUUUCAGCUGCCUAGAAAUGAUCUUCUCAGCUAACACAGCUCCAGACAUACCUGUUAUUGACCAAGCUUAUUCAAAACUUAGCAACAGUAUCACAGUGGAAUGGAAAGCAGUACCUGGAGCUACUAGUUACCUGUUGACUGCAGAAGAUGGAGAUUCCUUCAUUGAAACUGUAGUUACAAAUUCUCCAGGCACAGUGAUGGGACUGAAACCUGCCACCUUAUACAGAAUCACAAUCAGAUCUAUAAAUUCAGGAGGAAAAAGCCAGCCCUCACUCUUCAGAAAAGCAAAAACAGUCCUGGCUGCUCCAGUUCUGUCUGUUAGUUCUCCGAGUUGUGACUCCAUUGCAGUGAGCUGGAAAGUUGUGCAUAUGGCAGCUGGAUUCUCAGUGUCCCUCAUGAGAUCAGAUGGGUUGGGCAGAAUGCUGAAGGAGAACACCACCAACACCUCCUUGAUAUUUACAAAUCUAGAUCCAGGAACGCUCUAUACUAUCAAGGCAUAUGCCUGGAAUGUCAAUGGGAUACCUGGAGAUGAUUUCACAUGCAACCAAAGAACAAGUCCCAAGGCACCAGCAGAUGUUCAAGUAGUUUUUCAUAGUGAUGCUUCAAGAGCUAUUGUUUCUUGGAUACCAACCAAAGGAGCUCUAACUUACAGUGUGACAGCCUCCAGUGGACUCUUGAAACUGAACUGUAACACAUCUUCUGCCUCCUGCCUGGUGCUGUCACUCCAGUGUGGCUCUGAAUAUUCUGUUUCUGUCACAGCAUACAAUGAUGCUGGAUCCAGUAAACCUACUGAGGCAGUAAGCUUAAAAACUAUUCCUUGUGCACCAGUAAAUGUAUCAAUCAAGGAGGAUGAACCUGGCCACUUGUUGGUAUCGUGGUCUAGCGUCAAUUUUGGUCACUAUUAUGUGGUUUUUGUCAAAAGUGAUGAUGGCUUGGAAGUGCACUGCAACACAUCACAUACUCAAUGCCAUUUCCAGUCAGACUGUGGCUUCACUUACUUCAUUAGUGUUUUUGCAUAUAACAAGGCAGGGCAGAGUCUUUUAGGUGAUGUAUUCAAUUACACUACUGCACCUUGUUGCCCCAGUGACUUCAGGGCCGUGUUCGUGUCGAGCGACACUGUGCAGGUCACCUGGGCUCCUGUCCGCGGGGCUGAGAUGUACGAAACGAGAGCUGUUGGCUGGAGCGGCGCUGUGCUCUGCAGCAACACCACCACAGCCUGCACCUUGUCUGCCCUGCAGUGCAACACUCACUAUAACGUCACGGUUUAUUCUUUCAGUGAAGCCAGGGGCAGCAACACGUCGUGUGCAUCUAAGGAUGUGGCAACAGCUCCCUGCAGUCCUGAAAUUAAAAAUAUCUCAAAGGAGGCUCUAUCUGUAAUCAGUGUGCACUGGCAAUCUGACAAUGAAGCAGCAACAUAUGUUGUCACUGCCAGAGGAGACGCUGGACUUUGGCAUUGCACAAGCUCUGGAAAUUCCUGUACCCUGAUUAAUCUUCCUUGUGGAUCUGCUUUCUCUGUCAGUGCUAUAGCAAGAUCACCAGCAGGACAGAGCUUGCCAAGCUACAGUGUCCCUUUAGAGACAGCUCCCUGUUGCCCUAGUGACCUGAUACUAACUCAAGUGACACAGUCUGUAACAAAUAUCAGCUGGUCUGUUGGAAUGGGUGCACAGACAUACAUAACAAUGCUGGAGUCUCCAAAAGGACAGGCAAAGUGUCACACUCUUCAGAACUACUGUCUCCUGGGAUGCAUCACAUGUGACACCAACUAUACAGUAUCUCUGAAAGCAGUCAGUGAAACGGGAUUGACAUCCAGUUGCACAUAUCAAGGAUAUUCUUCCAGUAUUUGCUGCCCUUCUGGAGUGAAGCUAUAUAGACUUGGCAGUAAUGGUAUCAGGGUGUACUGGCGCGCUUCUGACAAAACAAACUACAAUACUGAUUUAUUUGGCUCAAAAGGCAAUUUCACCUGUAGCCCUAUCUCAGGUCUAAGUCACUGUGAUACCACCAAGAUACCUUGUGGGGAUGUGUACACAGUGGUAGUAUCUCCAGUUACUGAUAAAGGGCUGAGGCUCACAUUUUGUCCCAAAAAAAUAUAUUCAGUAACCUGUUCUGGAAGCUCUGUUGGAAUGGUGAUUUAUAGAGGAAAGAGCAAUCCAGAACAACAUACCUAG